CUUUGCACUCAGAAGGGGAGAGCUCUCUUGUGAAUAGCCAGGUUGAAUGAUGUUGUGCUCCUGUGGAUUAUCUCCCGUCUAUUCUAACAGCAGUUGAGAUAGCUCGUUGUCAUGACAACAAAUGACUUGUGAUGUGUUUACUUGCGAGGUCUGAACGAGGAUUCAAUGUCUGGUUUGUUUGAUAGUUGCUAUCCAAGAGGCUUAGGAGAGCAGCAGCAUUAUUCUCAUUAUUAGCCUUUAUUAUUUUUAAAGUCCAACAGGCUAUGCAGGAUGUCUUCUCGUGAGCUGGGUGUUUUAACAGGGAUUCCUUAGUUCAGUAAUGGCAGGAGCAUUUCAGACACAUACACCUGUGCGUGACAGAGCUACUGAGACAGUGGCUUGCUGUAGGAGUAAGAGUUAGCUAGAAGACCUGGAGGAGGCUACUGAAUGGCAUGGAAGAAUGCAAACAAAUUUUGGCUCGCCAGAAGUCCAACUCGCAGUCCGAUUCUCACGACGAUGAGAUUUCACCCCCACCCCCCAAUCCCGUAGUGAAGGCCCGUCGCAGAAGAGGGGGGGUCAGUGCUGAGGUGUAUACUGAAGAAGAUGCCGUGUCUUAUGUGAGAAAGGUAAUACCAAAGGACUACAAAACUAUGACUGCACUGGCCAAGGCAAUUUCCAAAAAUGUACUCUUUGCACAUCUUGAUGACAAUGAAAGAAGUGAUAUAUUCGAUGCCAUGUUCCCAGUUACACACAUUGCAGGAGAAACGGUUAUCCAGCAAGGGGAUGAAGGAGACAACUUCUAUGUAAUUGACCAAGGCGAAGUAGAUGUCUAUGUCAACGGGGAAUGGGUGACCAGCAUUGGAGAAGGAGGAAGCUUUGGAGAACUGGCCUUGAUCUAUGGAACCCCAAGAGCAGCAACGGUGAAGGCCAAGACAGACCUGAAGCUGUGGGGGAUCGACCGGGACAGCUACAGGCGCAUUCUAAUGGGCAGCACACUGAGAAAGAGGAAGAUGUACGAGGAAUUUCUGAGCAAGGUCUCCAUUUUGGAAUCCUUGGAUAAGUGGGAGCGCUUGACAGUGGCUGAUGCUCUAGAACCUGUCCAGUCUGAAGAUGGUGAGAAAAUCGUGGUACAAGGAGACCCAGGAGAUGACUUCUUUAUCAUCACAGAGGGCACCGCUUCUGUUCUGCAGCGCAGAUCUGAUAAUGAAGAAUAUGUGGAAGUUGGAAGACUUGGUCCAUCAGAUUAUUUUGGUGAAAUAGCUCUGCUGCUGAACCGUCCAAGAGCUGCCACAGUGGUGGCUCGCGGGCCCCUGAAAUGUGUGAAGCUGGAUCGGCCCCGUUUUGAACGUGUUCUGGGGCCCUGCUCCGAAAUCCUCAAGAGAAACAUUCAGAGAUACAACAGCUUUAUUUCGCUUACCGUUUAAAACCAGUUAUGAUUUGCUGCCCCCUCUGUGUUAUCUUGUGCACUUGUGCUGUUGCGUGGUUUUCUGAAAACGGUUUGUGCAUUGUAUGUGCAUUUGUUUAUGUGACAGGUUACAGUUUAUUAGUGCAUGCCAUGUUUAUUAAACGUUCAGCUUCUGCAUAAUUCUAGGAUACAAUAUGUUACCAGUUCCAUUUUAAACUGUUAUUUAUAUUUAUUUAUCAUAAUUCUGCUGAUGUGGUUGUAUCUUUUGGUAUUUGUAAUUCCAGUUGAUUUAUAGGGGUAGUUUGCAUUUAAUGUAUUUUUAAAAAAGGAUCAAUUUAUCAAUGCAUUCAACAAUCAAAGGUCUCUCAAGUGAAGUUUGAACAUUGGGAUCCUGUGCAUCCGUAUAUUUAAACCUGCAUUGACUUUGUUUGGCAUUAAACUGUGAUGUUCUAUUCAUUUGUAAAUGCCGCACCGACUGUAAGAUUCAUCACUAGAUCACAAAGCGAUCAACUAAGGUAAGAUUUUAGGAUUGGAACUCAGUUAUGAACACAGAAGCAUGCAUUCCCAAGAGCACAUUUUGCCAUCUUUAGGUAUAGUAACCAAAACAUUUGUGCUAAAACUAUGUUGAUGGCAUUUUCCAUUUUCCACAAUCUUAAUGCCAUAUUCCCUGACAAGAAUAGUUUUUAAACCAAAAAAACAAAACGCAGCUGUUUAGAGCUAUUGCAGUAUAUGAAUUGUAAAUAUCUAAUAAAGAGUACUGUUCUUUCAGGAACUGCACAAUUACUUUUUAUUAAUUGUUUCAUAUUUCAUAUUUCUGUAUCAUUCACACACUGAUCCCCCCCCCCCAAAAGCAAAUAAAAAGUACCAACAAAUUGUCACUUUUUGUCUUUCUUAGUGGUUCAUGGAAAAAGAUUUGACAAUAAUACUCCCCCAACGCAGUGUCCUUUUGAAGUCCUCUGAAUGCCUUUUAAUUUGUUUGUUUUUUAAACCAUUUAAAUGCAAAACCAUAACAAAACAUGUACACAGGCUUUAUUUAUUUAAUUUAUUAUUUGUCCUGCAGUUGCCUUUAUUUUUUUUCUGCACAUACGUGUAUAUUUGUAUAUGAUGUACAAUACAUGAAUGCAAACAUCUAACACCAGUACGU